AUGACUAUCCCUAACAUUUCUCCUAUACCUAAGGACCCCAUUAGUGCUAUUCGUGACCCUAAUUGGAAAAAUGCAAUGUUAGAUGAAUUUAAUGCUCUAAUUGACAAUCAUACAAUGGAAUUGGUACCUAGGCCUAAGGAUGUGAAUGUUAUUCGGUCCAUGUGGAUUUUUCGUCAUAAAAGGAAGUAUGAUGGUUCUUUUGAACGAUAUAAAGCUCGUCUUGCCUCUCAGGCUUGGUAUCAGCGAUUUGCAGAUUUCGUGACCACUAUUGGAUUCUCUCAUAGUAUAUCUGAUCAUUCUUUGUUUAUUUAUAGACAGGGGGCUGAUACGGCUUAUAUUCUAUUACAUGUUGAUUAUAUUAUCCUUACAACAUCAUCUGAUCAUAUGCUGACUCGUCAUACUAAUGGUUUGUUCUUGUCUCAGAAACAGUAUGCAACAGAGAUAAUUGACAGGGCUGACAUAUCUAACUGUAGCCCCUGCCACACUCCUGUAGACACUAAAACCAAACUUAGUGCCUCUGCUGACACUCCAUUUGAAGACCCGACUAAAUAUUGGAGUCUGACCGACGCUCUACAAUAUCUCACUUUCACUAGUCCGGACAUCUCAUAUGCAGUUCAACAGGUGUUCCUUCAUAUGCAUGAUCCUAGAGUUGAACAUAUGUCUGCUCUUAAGCGUAUUUUACGCUACUUGCAGGGUACUCUCUCUUUCAGUCUACACUUAUAUCCAUCCGCCACUCGUAAGCUCGUUUCUUAUACUGAUGUUGACUGGGGUGGAUGCCUGGACACCAUACGAUCUACCUCUAGUUACUGUGUUUUUCUUGGUGACAACUUGAUUUCGUGGUCGUCGAAACGACAACCCACCUUAUCUCGUUCCAGCGCCGAAGCUGAGUACCGCGGAGUUGCAAAUGUAGUUUCUGAUUCGUUUUGA